AUGCCGCCAGUACCGCCAGCCAGCACCAAGGGAAAGGGCAAGGCCGUCGCGUUCUUCUCAGACGACGAGGAUUUCGGAGAUGCCGGGUCUCCUGUGCCCCUCGCGACGAACGGGCGCAAGCGCAAACAUGAGCCGAACGGUACCGCGAACGGGAUCGACACGGGCAAGAAGAAGAUGAAGAAGAAGAAGAAGGCCAAGGCCAAGGCCGGCAAGGACACCGAAGCUGAUCGCGCACGUAUCGCAGGCGAACUGUUACUCAAGCGGUACGAGCUCCCGUUCUACCAGGGUAGAAGGAACAUCCUGGACGAGAUCAUCAAGAAUGACACUGUGGUUAUCAUGGGCGAGACGGGCUGCGGCAAGUCGACACAGCUGGGCCAGCUCCUACGGCGCCACAGCAUUGCGUUGGGCCACUGGCCGCGCGGGCCCAGCGUCGCCAUCACCCAGCCGCGCCGGUUACCAACCAUUUCGCUGGCCGGUCGGGUUGCCGCUGAGAUGGGCGUCGCGUUAGGUGCAGAGGUCGGCUACAGCGUGCGUUUCGAGGACGUGACAAGCCGUGACACGCGUGUCCGUUUCCUCACCGAGGGCGUGUUGAUGCGCGAGCUGGCCAACGCGCAGCAGUUUGGCAAAGGCGAGAGUAAGCUCGCCAACGGCGUCUCAGAAGAGAAGCCGAAGGGGAAGGGCAACGCCAAGCAGCUUGUGAACGGCACAAACGGCACGAACGGCAUCGAGGAGGAGGCCCUCAACCUCCUCCUCCGGUACGACGUCGUCGUAAUCGACGAGGCCCACGAACGUACCCUCAACACCGACUUCCUGCUCGGUUGCCUACGCAAGAUCCAGGCUGUGCGGAAAGAGAUGGGCCGUCCCCUCAAAGUUGUGAUCAUGAGUGCUACCCUCGACCCCAAGAAGUUUACCGACUUCUUUGACGGCUGUCCGGCCCUCCAUGUCCCUGGGCGAAUGUACGACGUCGCGACGAGCCACGUAAAGACGCCAGUUGACGACUUUAUCGAAGCCGCAGCCGACGCUGUGAUGAUGAUCCAUAACCGCAAGCCCUCCCCGAAGGGGGAAGCACUGGUGUUUAUGCCAGGCUCGGACGAGAUCGAGACCCUCGUCGCACUUCUGCGCAGACGGGCAAACGAGCUCCCCCCCGAUGCUGAGGGCCUACAAGUCCUCCCUCUCUACGCUGCCCUCCCCCCAACUGCCCAGGCCAAGAUCUUCGCCCCAGUCCCACCCAAAACCCGACGCGUGGUCGUAUCGACCAACGUGGCCGAAACGUCCCUCACUAUCCCCGGGAUCGCUUUUGUGGUGGACAGCGGAUUCCGAAAGGAAAAGGAAUACAUCCACCGCGCCUCGGGAGCUAUUGAGCACCUACGCAAAACCCCGAUCUCGCAAGCUUCAGCAUGGCAACGUACAGGUCGAGCGGGACGCGAGAUGCCCGGCGAGUGUUUGCGCCUGUACACGGAAGCGGCAUUUAAGAAGAUGUCUGCCUUUGACACGCCCGAAAUCCAGCGCUGCAACCUCUCCAACGCGGUACUCCAACUCAUCGCGAUGCGGCAGGACCCAUUCACGUUCGCGUACCUCGACCCGCCAUCUCGCGACGCCGUGGCCGCGGCUUUCCGUUCUCUAGCUGGGCUUGGGGCGAUCUCGGGACCCACAGUCAUCACAGAAAGGGGGAGGGAUAUGCUCCGAUACCCUCUCGAGCCGGAACAUGCGCGUAUCCUCCUCGCCUCUUUCGAGAGCGGUUGUGCGUCCGAGGUUAUCGAUGUGCUGUCUCUCGUGGUCGCGGGCCAAGUCUUUGUGGAUAGGGGUGACGCGCGCGAUUCGGCUGCCGCCGCACGGGCAAAGUUCGUCCACCGGGAUGGCGACCAUUUGACGGGCAUGAACGUUUUGCGGGCGUUCAUGGCGCUCAGAGAGGACGGCGCCGAAGGUGCCAAGGAGCAAGGGGUUGGGGCGUGGUGUCGUGCCAACCACGUUAAUGGACGUACGCUGGCCCAGGCCGUACGGAUUCGGGCUCAACUCCGCGACCUGGCUACCCGGUUUGGGAGGGAUCCCAACGCCAGUUGCGGAGCCGAGACUGCCGCUGUUGGGGCUGCUUUGCUCGCAGGCCUGUUCAUGAACACGGCCGUCAUCCAGGCCGACGGGAGUUAUCGGCAGACUGCCGGUGCUUUGGUGGUCAAGAUCCACCCGAGCAGUGUAUUGGCCGGGAAGAAAGUGCCUGCUAUCGUUUAUGACGAGUUGGCUAUCACUUCCGCCAUCUACGCACGGGGCGUUAGUGCGUUCGACCAGGGUUUGCUCAGUGACAUUCCGUGGUUCCGCGCUGCGGCGCGGCCUGUCGAGCGUAGGGCUGUUUAG